CUCGGUGAGCUCGAUCAAUGGAAAUACAGGUGCACGCUCAACAACCUCGAGUGCCUGGUCGUGCAGCAUCUCCUUGAGCUCACGAAGCUGGGAAUGAGUGGCACAGGGUACAAGAUGCGCGAGAAGAUUGGGAAGGCACUGAAGACCCGCGCAGAAGCAGUCCGAAAAGCUCUCACCGAGUACAAUCACCGUGCCGCCCAGCUCGUCCUGCCAUGGCCGUCGCUGACAUGGUCCGAGGUGAUGGAAAUGACAACAUUAUCAGAGUUUGACCUGCUACUAGACGCACGUCAAGAUAUCCGACAGCUCCCAUGGGCUUGCAGAGCGAAUUGCAAAGCCAUGACAGCGUACUUCAAUGUCAAACGAGUGGGCAAAGAAAUCAAACAUCUCAAUGUGGAGAUGGUACGGCUCUUUACCUUCAUUAUUGACGAGCACUACGACUUCUAUCAUGCCAUCUCUCGCAACCUCAUCUCGAGGCCAGAACUCGCUCACGAACUCUCGACAAGGUGGCUUUACCGCAAUCAGGUAAACAAAACGAUUGUGCACCGUCUCUACAAGGUCACGCAGCUCCCAGGUUACACUGGGAAUCUG